UAAAUGCUCUAUCGAUCCUGUCCAUGUUCACACCUCUCUUACAACCGAGACUCUCAGAAGCCGCCGCGAUGAACUUUUCGUACCUCAAGACGCCCUCAGGCAUCCUCAAGCUCUUCGAGAUUGCACUGGUGGUCGCAGACGUUGUCAUACUACGACACCAGGGCGUCGGCGGCUUCGGCGGUACACCGGCGGCUAUUACGAACAACUCAUACUUCGGCGCCAGCGUCCCCAUCGCCGCCCUAAUUGUGACGCCCCUUCUGCUGGCCGUCUACCUGGCGGGGAACAUGAAUAUCCAGAAAAGUUUCUUCGAGCCUGUGAUCAACGCCUUCUUCGGCGCCAGCCUCUUCGUGUACGGCUGUCUCGCCAUCGAUUUCUACAGGAAAAUGUCGACAAUCAUUACCAUCAGGGACUACGGCCUGGCCAUGGGCAGCCUCAGCCUCAUCGCUGGCUUUGCUUACCUCGCCGACCUCUUCUUUGCCAUAAAAGCCAUGCGCUCAUAGAGACUCUACAUUAACUAAUAACUAUAUCAUAUAUGUCUACUAAUACAUUUAUUAUCGUCAAUGCUAUUUGUACCUAACGGCUUGGUAACGAGGGAGACUUUCAGUAGACCUAGAAAUCAUACAUUACCCGUUGUCAAUGUUAUUCGCACCAUAAGGCCUGUUAGUCUGUUACUGUCAGUGGAUAGUGGGUAAAAAGAUUCAAAUUCGUCAGUAUUGUAUUUAUUGAUUGUUACGCCAGUAAACCCUUCAUGUCAUUCUCGCGUUCCUACUCUUGAAAAAUGAGGUAAUUAAAUGGCGUAAAAUAGAGUAAACUAGUAGGAUUUUACAUGAAUGUGUAAAUUUUUUCUGAAGUGUCAGUUGAAAUGAGUUUUUGA